AGGAUAUAUAAAAGAGGUCUCAGUCAUGUUAUGAAACACUGGACUCAACAUUUUAACAUUAAUAAAACUUUGUGGGAUUAUUAUUUUAUAGUGAGAGUGUAGAUUCCGGUUUCCUACUUUCAUUCAGAGAAGACGCAGAGAUGGUUAUGAUGACAUCCGUCGACUUUGAGAGGAUGGGGAAGGCUACAUUGAGAACAAGCAGCUUCAAGAAAAGGGAUUCGGAGAACAGGGCGGAUGAAUCAGAUCAUGAGAAAGAUAAUGUCCCUGUUGGAGAGUCUAUGAGCUUCAAGAAAAAGAAACCCACCGGGAAGCUAGAGCUCCAAAUGACUACUUCAGCACUGGAUAUCAUGAAUGGAAAGAUUUCUGAUUUAGGUGGAAAUGAUGAAUUGCUUAACAAAGCAGAUUCUAUCACAUUUUCCUCACCAGAGCAGGAAAAAUUCCUGUCUUCCAGGCCUGCUAGCGAGCUUCAUGCAGCUGCUACUAAGCUGCAAAAAUUCUACAAGAGUUACCGGACUCGAAGAAACCUUGCAGAUUGUGCUGUUGUUGUCGAGGAGCUAUGGAGGAAGGCAUUAGAAUUUGCGGCUCUGAGAAGAAGCUCUGUAUCGUUCUUUAAUUCUAGAAAAUCAGAAACGGCUGUUUCCCGUUGGGCACGAGCUCGGACAAGAGCGGCCAAGGUUGGGAAAGGCUUGUCAAAGGACGUGAAAGGUCAGCAGUUGGCUUUGCGACACUGGCUCGAAGCUAUUGAUCCACGUCAUCGUUACGGUCACAACCUACAUUUGUAUUACAAUAUCUGGUUUGAGAGUGGGAGCUCCCAACCCUUUUUCUACUGGUUGGAUGUUGGAGAUGGCAAAGAAGUUAAUGUUGACAAAUGCCCAAGGACUAAUCUACAGCGUCAAUGCAUCAAAUAUCUUGGACCGAAGGAAAGGGAAGCAUACGAAGUAGUUCUGGAGAAAGGGAAGCUGAUUUACAAACAAAGCAAAGUGGCAGUUAACACCAUAGAGGGAACCAAGUGGAUAUUUGUUCUUAGUACAUCAAGAAUCCUAUAUGUUGGGCAGAAGGAGAAGGGUCUGUUUCAACACUCGAGUUUCCUAGCUGGGGGAGCCACCAUUGCCUCUGGCAGAUUGGUUGUUCGUGAUGGAACUCUUGAUGCUGUCUGGCCUUACAGUGGUCAUUAUUGCCCGACCGAAGCAAAUUUCGCGGAAUUAUGCCGUUUCUUGGGGGAACAUCAUGUUGACUUGACAGAUGUCAAGAAAUAUGCCAUAGAUGAUGAUGUGAUCCCCAGUCAAGUUAAAAUUCACAAGGAACUGAUACCAGAGUCCGCAAAAGAAACGACUGAAAACAUGCCAUGCACCAAUGCGGCGGAGCCAAUUCAUGCAAAUGGGUGCACCAAAGACCAUAUGAUUGGCAAAGAUGAGAAUGAAGGAAACAAUGACAGAAGUAGGUUAGUUGACAAAGCUGCAGCGUAUGACUUUGGGAAGCCUGUGAAAUCCAAAUGGUGUACAGGAGUAGGUCCUCGCAUCGGUUGUGUCAGAGACUACCCAGCACAGCUACAAUUCAAGGCACUGGAACAGGUUAAUUUAUCACCUAGGGUCAACUCAGGGCAUCCUUCGGCGCCUUCUGCCCCAAUUCUGUCUCCCAGACCAAGUCCAAAACUUCACUUAUCUCCUAGGCUUACCUGUAUUGGACUCGUCAGCCCAAGGGUCCGGGUUCCUACUGCUAAUUAAGCGCAAUUCACCAACUCACCAAAGGAUACCACCUGCCCUUUUUAAGGUCCAUAGGACCUUUUUGCGUCUUACACGAAUAACUCAAAAUUUAUUGUUCUUACAUAUAAAUUUUACUUUUUUUUUUUUACCUCGGCCGUGCAUUGCGCUGGUCAUUUUAUUUUUUAGAUUAAUUUGUCUUGAGGAACUCUUUUUUUUUUUUUUAUCUUUUACUCAGCUUCUUGAGAAAUUG